AUGACUAGUCGCGAACGUGACAAGUUUCGAAAAUAUGAGUCAGGAAAUGUAAAACGGGRAAAAAAACGGAAGGCUGAAGAGUUAAUGCAGAAACACCGGGGUACUAUGCACAAAUUCUUAACUACAUCGUCUACAUCUAAAAAUGAAGAUACCAAAAUUAUUGAAAAUCCAAAAGAAUCAAAUUCUUGUAAGCUUUUCUCUUUUGAAAACCCCCAUCUCAAUCAUCUAAGCACUAUCGGGACAAAUGACUGGAAACACUUGCCUGAGAAACUUAUAACUCAUGAGCGUUCUGUUCAACAUUUUAAAUCCAUUGAAGCCUGGACAGAAUUAAAAAAAAGAAUUUUGAAAGAAAAAUCUGUUAAUCAACAACACUUGUCUAUUAUUGAAAAGGAGAAAAUUCAUUGGACAAAUGUACUGAACAGAAUUUUAUCAGUUAUUCAUUAUUUAGCUGCUCAUAAUGAUGCAUUUCGAGGUUCGUCAGAUGUUAUUUAUACAAAAAGUAAUGGGAAAUUUCUUGGCUUAAUAGAAAUGUUGGCGAAAUUCGAUCCAGUAAUCAUGGAACAUGUAAGCCGAAUUCAAAAUAAAGAAACACAUGUCCAUUAUCUAGGUCACAGAAUACAGGAUGAACUUAUUAAUAUGAUGGCUAAUGAAAUUAAGCAAAAAAUAAUAAAAAACAUACAGUCUGCAAAGUACUUUACGGUCAUAAUGGAUUGCACUCCAGAUAUUGGACACAAAGAGCAACUUGCUAUUCUUUUGCGGAUAGUACAUAUGGAUGAAGAAAAUGAAAACAGUACGCCUAGUAUACAAGAAUAUUUCCUAGAUUUUGUGACAGUUGAUUCUACUACUGGUUUAAAUUUAUCAGAUGUUCUCAUCGCACAACUUAAAUCGUACAAAAUAAAUAUUGAAAAUUGCCGAGGCCAGGCCUAUGAUAACGGAUCGAACAUGACAGGAAAAUAUCAAGGCGUUCAAAACCGUAUCUUAAAUAUAAAUCCUCGAGCAUUUUUUACUCCUUGCGCUGCCCAUAAUUUAAAUUUAGUCCUUUGCGAUUCUGCUAAAAACUCAACAAUAGCGAUUACAUUUUUUGGUAUAGUUCGACGUGUUUACACAUUAUUUUCUGCGUCAACAUAUCGCUGGAGUAUUAUUAAAAAGCAUUGUACACAAUUCACAGUUAAACAAUGGUCAGAAACGAGGUGGGAAAGUCGUAUAAAUAGCGUGAAAGCUUUACGUUUUCAACUUUCUAGUAUUUUAGAUGCUUUAGAAGAAGUUUCUAACACCGCUAAUGAUUUGAUGGCCAAGAGUCAAGACAAACUAUCAGAACUAGCUUUAAUAUCAAUCGAAGAAGAAGUAUCGUCCACAGUCGAUUAUAAACAUCUCAUUGAUAUAUUCGCUUCCAAAAAAUCUAGAAAGAAAAUGUUUAUUUAA